CGACAACACCCAAACACACACUCUGUAACUUAUUCUUCCUUGUUACAGUGACCCUUCACCCUACACGAACCUCACACAGAAUCUCCCGUCAACACACACACCAUGUCUGACGUCGCUAAGCCCGACCCCGCUGCUGAGCAGGUCGCCAACCCCGGCGCAACUCUUGUUAAGGACGAGACCGCGAAGGUUACCACCGACAAGGCCGCCGACAAGGAGGAGAAGCCCGCAACUGCCUCCAGCGACGACAAGCCCAUCACUGAGAAGGCCACAGAAGCUGCCUCUUCGGCCGCAGCUGCCGUCAAGGACAAUGUUUUCUCCAUGUUCGGCGGUGGCCCCAAGAAGGAGAAGAAGGAAGAGGCUGAUGAUGCUGACGAGCCCUCUGGCUCUUCCAAGGCACAGGCUGGUGGUGAGGAGGACCCCGAGAACCAGGAGCCCGAUGUCGAGUUCGCCCCCGUCGUCCACCUUACCGAGAAGGUCGACACAAAGACCAACGAGGAGCUCGAAGAGCAAGUCUUCAAGAUGCGCGCUAAGCUGUUCAAGUUCGACCGCGAGUCGCGAGAGUGGAAGGAGAGGGGUACCGGCGACGUCAGGUUACUGAAGCACAAGGAGAACGGCAAGACCCGCCUGGUUAUGCGACGAGACAAGACCCUCAAGGUCUGCGCCAACCACUACGUUGUGCCCGACAUGAAGCUGUCGCCCAACGUUGGCAGCGACCGUAGUUGGGUCUGGAACGCCGCUGCCGAUGUCAGUGAGGGCGAGCCCGAGGCUCAGACUCUGGCUAUCCGCUUCGGUAACAGCGAGAACGCCAACCUCUUCAAGGAGGCUUUCAUCAAGGCCCAGCAGGAGAACGAGGCUCUGUUCAACAAGUCGUCGGAGUAAAGCAGGGUGGAUGUUGAAGUGACUGGGACGAGAAUGGAGGAAUGAAGCAUGCAUGCACGAAGCGAUGACAUUUUGGGGUGGUAUCAUAUCACGGCGAUAGAAGCUCUUAACCCUGCACAUACUAGAUAGUACUAAAUUGGCCUGGCUCUGAGUCUACGGCAUUCCCC